AUGUCUAAUUGGAGUUCUGAUGAAGAAAUUGAAGAAAUGGUAGAGGAGGAGGUUGAUAGUAUAGUGGAGGAGAUCCAAUACAACUACACUCACCCAGAGGUACCACCAGCUCCAAUAAUCCGAAGAGUGCACAUUGAGAGAGACUGCGAAGAAGGCCACAUUCGAUUGUGGAAUGAUUAUUUUAGUGAUAAUCCAACUUACACUAACGCUAUGUUCCGUCGUCGCUUUAGAAUGAACAAACUAUUGUUCCUUCGUAUUGUUACCGCUGUUGAGAAUGGAGUCCCAUACUUCAGACAAAGGCGAGAUGCUACUGGAAGGCUUGGUCUUUCUGCACUUCAAAAAUGUACGUCAGCUAUUCGUUUGAUGGCUUACGGAUAUUCGGCAGAUGCGGCGGAUGAAUAUUUACGACUCGCUGAAACAACCUCCCACAAAUGCCUUCUACAUUUUGUAGAGGGAGUUAUAAAUCUAUUUGGCAACGAGUAUCUCAGAAGACCUACAGCGGAAGACCUCCAACGAUUACUGAACAUUGGAGAACAUCGCGGUUUCCCCGGAAUGAUAGGGAGCAUAGAUUGCAUGCAUUGGGAGUGGAAGAAUUGUCCCACUGCAUGGAAAGGACAAUAUACACGUGGAUCAGGUAAACCGUCAAUCGUACUAGAGGCUGUGGCAUCACAAGAUUUAUGGAUUUGGCACGCCUUUUUUGGACCACCGGGUUCGUUAAAUGAUAUCAAUGUCUUGGACCGCUCCCCGGUGUUUGAUGAUAUCCUACAUGGCCGAGCUCCGAGAGUUAGAUACGUUGUCAAUGGACGGCAAUAA